AUGCUGUUACACAGAGUUUCACGCUGUGUGAUCUUCAGAAAACUAAAACAGAACCUGAAACAUGUUGUUACUCAGAGUUUCACGGUGUGUGAUCUUCAGAAAACUAAAACAGAACCUGAAACAUGUUGUUACACAGAUCUUCAGACAACUAAGACAGAACCUGAAACAUGUUGUUACUCAGAGUUUCAUGGUGUGCGAUCUUCAGACAACUAA